UAAAAGAGCUCCAUUGAGUCAGAGCUACUUUGUGAGUGGAUGUGUGAUUGACACCAUGCAAACCCUCCACUGUUUCUUUCUCUUGGCUUUAAGCCUCUCUGCUGCCCAGGCCAUCUGGGAAAACCAGGCGCUAAACCAAUUUAGAAAGAUGAUCCUGUGUUUGUCACCCGAUGUCUGGCCUGGUCUGGACUACGCUGACUAUGGCUGCUACUGUGGUCUUGGAGGCUCCGGCACACCUGUGGAUGAUCUGGAUCGUUGCUGCCAAGUACAUGACCAGUGUUACAGUGACGCAAUGCAGCACACAGACUGCUGGCCUAUCCUUGACAACCCAUACACUGAGUUUUAUGACUACACAUGCGAUGAGGCAAACAAGAAGGUCACCUGCACCAACAAUAACGGUGCAUGCGAGAUGUUCAUCUGUGAGUGUGACCGGAAAGCCGCCGAGUGUUUUGCUGUAUCACCUUGGAACCCAGAUCACGAGGACCUGCCGAGUGAAAACUGUCAGUGAACACCAGCUUGAAAUAUUCAGCAUUAUUCAGUUGUAACACUGGAUUUAUUGGUUUGUCUGUUCAGAUCUGACUCAGAAACAGUCGAAA